UUUUUGUCGGUAAAACAGAGCGACGAUCGCACGUGUUAUGAUGAUCGGGGGUUUCGCGAGGUCACGAGGGUGAUUGUCUCUUAUCAGUGAAUGAUUCUUUGUGAAUUUCCGGGGAAGGAAGAGAGUGGUAGUUGGAUAAUUGGACUGUGGAUGAUUCGGGGGUGGAAACUUUUGGGAUUUUCUGGGGUUCUUGGGAGACUGGGGAUAACCUCAAAAUGUAUCAGGGGGACAAAGGAGCCGGCGCUGGGUCGGACGACCCCAGGACUGUGUUUUGGUCGUCGAUGAUUUCUGGGGCAGCUGCUGGGGUUGUUUGUGAUGUUGUGUUCUUCCCCAUGGACACUGUCAAGACGAGGUUGCAGAGCCAACAUGGGUUUCAGAAGUCUGGAGGCUUCAAAAACCUCUACAAGGGACUUGGCCCUGUGGUCGCUGGAUCUGCGCCCAUUGCAUCUCUCUUCUUCGUUACUUACGAGGGUUUCAAAGUGAUGGUUCGACCGAUGGUUGAUGUCAAGUAUCACAGUUUCGUCCACAUGGGAGCUGCCGCGAGUGCGGAGAUCGUCUCCUGCCUUGUUAAAGUACCUGUUGAGGUCCUGAAGCAGAGGAGGCAGGCCCUCCUAGCCAACGCCCAUCCCGUCGCCCUCGGGAUCAGAACACUUUACAGAGGGUAUGGAAGUACUUUGCUGAGGGAUCUGCCCUUUGGCUUUCUCCAGAUGCCCCUCUGGGAGUACCUGAAACUCUGCUGGAAAAGGAAGAAGGGGAGGGAGUGCACUCCCUUCGAGGGAGCCACUGCCGGAGCCCUGUCUGUGACAGUUUCGGCUGCAGUGACAACUCCCCUUGACGUCAUUAAAACGAGAAUAAUGCUGGCACAUCAGUCACAGAAAAAAGUGAAAAUUCUGUCGACUAUGAGAGAAGUUUACAGGGAAAAAGGAAUCAGAGGAUUAUUCACUGGCUGCACGUUGAGAGCAGUUGGCUUCACAGUUGGGGGAUUUGUCUUUUUCGGAAUCUACGAACAAUCGAGAUAUCUCUGUGCAACGUUAAUUUUCCCAGAGACUUCAGUCAUUAACUGAUGUAACAGUUCAAAAUUUAGCUCAAUGAUUUCCAUUCAAGGGCACGAAGCCCCGGAAAUUCAAUUUAACCCUUAGACACACGAACAAACAACAAAAGCAAGAUUAUCGAAAUAAUUUUUAUCUAAUUACACAAAUUAACGGAGUCCAAACAUUCAUCUGUUGUAAGAUGAGAAAAACAAUGAUCUUGACGAUUGUUUAACAAACAUUUAUUGACGGUUAAAUUCCUAUUUGUAAAUAACAUUUUUAUUAAAUCUAUCCUGCGUAAUAAAAUAUUAUCUCUCAUCAUCUUCAGCCUUCUUGCUCGUGUGAGCAUAGCAUUGAAUUGACUUCGAUUAAUCGAUUCAAUUCAAUUAGUUCAAUUAAUUACAUUAAAUAAAUUCAGGUAAAUGAAAAAAUUCAUAAUUUAAUCUUCAUCUAAACAGCAUUCUCAAGUCUUUGAUGAAUAAAUGGUUUCAUGAUUGCUCGUUACGAAAAAAAUAAA